CUUCUAUUUCAGUGAAAUUCACGAAGAUGUGUUCAAGCUUGAGAGACUGAGGGUGCUGAGAUUUUUUAGGAGAAGACAGGGGUCUGCCCCUCUCUGGACUACAGGCACUGCCCUUCUGCACGCACAUCAUGCUAUUGUGGCUCUCCCAUCUGAGGUUCCUCUACCUCUGUUUUUAUGUCUGGGGUCUGCCAUUAUGCCAGCUGGUUUCCAGGAAGCUUUCAACCACCCCCUUCCCCAUCAAGGUGCAGAAGCAAGUUUUUCUGUGGAACAACCUAGCAGAAAGAUGCCGUCUUUAUGCCUCACUGGCUGCUGACCCACUGGCCUGAUGACAUCAGCCACGUGUGCCUUCCCGGUCCAGUUCCGGCAGCCUUCGGUCAGUGGCCUCUCCAAGAUCACCGGCAGCCUGUAUAUCAGCAAUGGGAUAGCUGCCAACAACAAGCUUAUGCUCUCCAGUAACCACAUCACCACUGUUAUUAACGUCUCGGUGGAGGUGGUGAACACCUUAUAUGAGGACAUCCAGUAUUUGCAGGUGCCUGUGGCUGACACGCCCAUCUCGCGUCUCUGUGACUUCUUUGACCCCAUCGCCGACCACAUCCACAGUGUGGAGAUGAAGCAGGGCCGCACACUGCUGCACUGUGCUGCUGGGGUGAGCCGCUCGGCCGCCCUCUGCCUCGCCUACCUCAUGAAGUACCAUGCCAUGUCCCUGCUAGAUGCCCAUACGUGGACCAAGUCAUGCCGGCCCAUCAUCCGGCCCAACAGUGGCUUUUGGGAGCAGCUCAUCCACUAUGAAUUCCAGCUGUUUGGCAAGAACACCGUGCACAUGGUCAACUCCCCUGUGGGAGUGAUCCCCGACAUCUAUGAGAAGGAGGUCCGUUUGAUGAUUCCACUGUGAACCCUCCUGCCACCUCCUGCACUGGAGUCAGAGGGACAGAUCUGCCCUUGACCCCACACCUAGAUCUUAACUUGAGCAUUCUGCUUUUGUUGAUGCAGAAAAAACAGAUUAUGCCUUUCAUAAGGGGAAGAAAGAAGGAAGAGCACUACAGGGUUUAACCUUGUAAUCCAUAUUUUUGAAGAUUAAACUUUCUAAAUGUAAGAUGGUGAAGACAGCAGCUUCCUGUGUUAUCAAUGACAGGUUAUGACUGCUGGCUAGAGAGGAGGGUGAGGCAGGUGGUUCCCCGGGUCAAGAGGCCCAGCACCCCUGCCGCCCUCCCCUCGGCCGGCUAACCCAGGAACAAGUCUGCCUCAAUCUCUACUUAUUCUUUCCGAACCGAGAGCCGGAGCCUUAAGUGUCAUGGCAUCUCCUGUGGUCCUCACAGUAAGUGCCAGCCUACUGGAUAAGUAGCCUUCAAGCGGUGCUCCAGGAGCUGGGGUGGCGCAGGCCAGCCUGGUUCCAUGUUCAACCACAGGGUCCCAACUCUGGUUUUCUACAAUGAAUUUAGGCAUAAAAUAGUUUUCAAAGAAAACAUUCCACUGUAUAAAAUUUUUUUAAAACUCCUUUUUCGAGUGUUGUUCUACAUGGUAAGGCCUCAAAGCACCACUGCCAUUUCCCUAGCAGUCUGAUGAAGGGUGGCUUCUGUCGUCUCUUCCGGGCACAUAUGGGGAACAGGCCUACAAGCAGGCCUGGAGGUCGUCUCACAGACCUUGACUUGGAAGAUUGGAGCUGUGGACUGGAGCCUAGGCUUGUCACCCUGUCUCUGAUCCCUCCUGGAGCCUCAGUUCCCUCAUCUGUCCAAGCAACGAGGCCCUUUUCUCACAGCAUUGUCGUGAAGAUCAGCAAUGCCUUAGCAGGGUGCCUGGCAUGGGGCAGGCAGCUCAUGAAUGAGGCGUAGCCCCGUUGGUCCAGGUCAGCAUAGUCUUCCUCAUAACAGUAUUUUCCCCACCCAUGCACAGCCUUUUGUUCUUUAUAAAGUACUCUUCCAAAAAGGCAUCCGUGGGAAAAAAAUGGUUUCAGUUCUUGCAGACCCUACCUCAGAGGGGGGCCUAAACUUCAAAGCCUUUCUGGAAUCCCCAUUGUAUUUUUGCAGUGUUUCCCCAGGAGCACAAUUAUAGCUUCCCACAAAAGGCCUCCUUUAGAUAGCUGACCGUUAGAGCCAGCCCGCCCGCCCCGGCUGACUCACCACUGGGGAGGGGCAUGUGCCAAAGGGACAAGUACGUGGGUGCCACUAGCAGGCCCUGAAUCCAGGAUUGUUCACACCCCCCAGGUGUCUCAGGAUCUGGUUGAAGACCCGUUCUAUUCCAGAUAAUACAUGAAACACACAAAAGCACAACUGUUUGUGGGUCCAGAGUCCAGUGGAGGCCAAAUGCCCUCUCUCCAAAUAAAAACCUCACCCCCUCUUCCACAAAAGGAUACACUUUUAGGGAAGAGGGAGAAGGAAAAUCACUGUUGUGACUGAGUCUCUCAUAUUACAGAUGAAUGUACAGAUCCACAAACACCAGGGCUGGUGUGGCAGAGCCACCACAAAACAGCCUUCCUGGAACAAACCCACACGGAAGCUUUCUUUUAAAGCAGUUUUAAGGAAAAAGUUAUUUGAGUAUAUUUUGUUUCCAUUUAAAAAAUUGUUUAAUUGACAUACCAUUAAGUUCCUCAUAGGUAUAAUUCUAUGUGUUGUAACACAUUUGUAGAACUACUUCCAUAGUUAAGACUCAGCAGUUCCAUCACCCCAACAAUUCCCAUAUAUAUCCCUGUAUAGUCAAACUAUCACUUCUACCAUCUGGUAGAAAAUGUUCUCCAUCUUUAUGGAUUUGCCUUUUCCAGAAUGUCUUAGACACGGAUUCAUAGAGGAUAUAACCUCUAUGCUUUUGAGAUUCAUACAUGUUGCUUUUCGUGGCUAAGUAGUUUUCCAUUAGAUGAAUGCCCUACAGUUUGUUUUAUAUUAACCUGUUGAUGGAUAUUUUGGGUUGUUUCCAGUUUUUUGGUGAUUUUGAAUAAAACUGCUAUGAAUAUUUGUGUGUAGGUUUUUGUGUGAACAUAAAUUUCCAUUCAUCUAGAGUUUAUAUAGAGAAGUAGAAUUGCAGAUGGUAAAGAUAAACUUAACUUUGUAAACACUACCAUGCUUCCAGAGUGGCUAUUCCACUAUAAGAGAUCCAAUUUCUCUGGAUUUGGCAGUAUUUUUAGUAAUGCCAAUGCUAUUCUACUUGGUGUGUGGUAUUACCUCACUGUGGUUUUAAUUUGCAUUUCCCUAAUCAUCAGGAUGUGGAGUAUCUUCUUGUAUAUUUAACUGCUUUUUUACCUACCCUCUUUGGUGAAGUCCAUUGAAUUCUUUUGCCCAUUUUAAAAUCAAUGUUUUACUUACUGUUGAAUUCAGCUUACUGUUGAAUGUUGAAAAUUCUCCAUAUAUUCUGGAUACAAGUCUACUGUUAGAUUUUUUUCCAGUCUAGCUUGUCUUUCUAGUCUCUUACAAUUGUCUUUUGCAAAGCAAAUUUAAAAAAUUUUGAUGAAGUGCUACUUCCCAGUUUUUCCUUUUAUGCAUUGGUUUGGUGCCAUGUGUUAAGAACACUUUGCCUAACCCCAGGUCACAAAGAUUUUCCUGGAUAUUUUUAAGUUUAAGAUUUUCACUUAUUUCUCUGAUCCUUUUAGAUAGGGUGUGAGGUUUAAGUUGAAGUUCUUGUUUUUUUCAUGUGGUUGUUUAAUGAUUUCAGCUCAAUUUGUUGAAAACUAUUCUCCACUGAACUGACUUUGCACCUUUGUGAAGGUCUAUUUUUCUACUCUAUUCUGUUUGAUAUAUGUAUCUUUCUGUUCACUAAUACAACACUGUCUAUUUAUGUUUUUUUUUCCUUUUUUUGACACUGUCUUGAUAACUGUAGCUUUAUAGUAAGUCUUAUAAUCAGAUAGUGUGACGCCUCCAAUUUUUCUCCCUUUAAGAAAAAUUGUUUUGGUUAUUCUAGUUUCUUUGCCUUUCCAUGUAAAUUUUAGAAUCAACAUGUCGAUGGCAACAACAUCCCAAAAAUCUGGCUGUGAUUUCAACUGAAAUUAUGUUAAAUUCAGUGGCCAAUUUAGGGGAGAAUCGACAUCUUCACUCUUGUUGUAUCUUCUGAUUCAUGAACAUAGUUUGCCUCCCCAUUGGUUUAGAUCUUUGAUGUCUUUCAUCAAUGUUUUGUAGUUUUCAUUAUACAAAUCUAAUAUAUUUUAUCAAAUGAAAUCUAAUAAAGAUUUCAUUUGAAGGAAAGCAUUGCAAAAAUAUUUUUAAUUCGAGUUUCCAAUUGUUCAUGGUUAGUAUAUAGAAAUGCACUUGAUUGUGUGUUGACCUUGUAUCCUGUGAUCUUGCUAAGUUCACUUACUCUCAGAAUAUUUUUUGUAAAUUUCUUGGCUAUCUGCAUGUAGACAACCAGGUUAUCUACAAAUAGACAUAGUUUUAUUUUUUUUCUUUUCCAAUCUGAAUGCCCUUGAUUUCUUUUUUUCUUUUUUUAUUACACUGGCUAGGACUUCCAGUAUGAUGAUGAAUAUGAGUAAUGGGAUAGACAUUCUUGCCUUCUUCCUGAUCUUAGAAAGUCAUCAGUUUUUACCAUUAACUAUGAUGCUAGCUAUGGGUUGUUUGUAUAUGUCCUUUAUUAAGUUAAGGAAGAAUUAGAAAGCAUUGUCUCCUGUUUUCUGGAAGAGAUGUGUGAAUUUGGUG